UGACAGUUGGGCAGUUGUUAGGCGUUCUUGAAGACAGAAGGAGUUGGCCCUUUUUACAGAGCUCAUAUCUGGCAAGAGAAACCACCCCUGGAAACAGAUUGCUGCUGAAGUCUCAAACUGCUGUUGUGAGUCAACCCUGCAUGGAAGAUACCUCCAGGAGAGGGAGAACAACAGUAAGAAGAAGAACCAGUGGUGGAGAAAAUAUGGGCAAAGGCCAGCUUGGAGGAAGGGCCUCUUGGGAUAUCUAAUUCUUUCUAUCCUCUGGCAAGAGUAGUUUUGGGGUGUGGACAGUCACAGAGGUCCCUGCUCAGCUAUGAAGAUCACUGGGUGAUCAUGGACACUGCCUUUUCCCCAAGGCGACAUUUUUGGAUGGGAAGUAUAAUGAUGGAAGAGCCAUGGUGGAAAGGGGACCUUGCUGCAGAGAUUCAUCGAACUCUGAGGCUGAAGGAGCUGAAACUGCCUGUGUACAAUGCCCAUUCUCCCCAAAUCAGGAUGCGACGUUAUUUUGCUGACCUCUUGGCUAUCCUUAGCAGCCGCUGCCAGCUCUGUCCCACAGCCCGGCACCUUGCUGUCUACUUGCUGGACCUCUUUAUGGACCGCUAUGAUAUCUCUGUCAAACAGCUCUACGUCAUCUCAAUUGCUUGCCUUCUCCUUGCAAGCAAAUUUGAAGAAAAGGAGGACAAAGUGCCAAAACUGGAGCAGCUGAACAGCUUUGCUUACAUGUGCAGCCUUAACCUGAUACUAACAAAGAAAGACCUGCUAAAGAUGGAACUGCUGAUCUUGGAAAGCUUCAAUUGGAACCUGUGUCUACCAACUCCUGCACACUACAUCGAUUACUACCUCUUUGCCUCAGUCAGUGAGAAUGACCUUCACAAUGGCUGGCCGAUCACAUCCAUGACCAAAGUCAGAGCUUUCAUGGAAAAAUACUCUCACUAUUUCCUUGAAGUCUCCCUGCAAGAUCACAUUUUUCUCUCCUUUCGGCCUUCUCUGGUUGCUGCUGCUUGUGUGAGUGCUUCACGCAUCUGCCUUGAGAUUUCUCCUUCUUGGACCACACAGCUCCAACUGCUGACAUUUUAUUCCUGGGAGCAACUUGCUCCAUGCAUUGAACUGAUGCUCAUAGCUCACGAUAAGGACCUCAGAGAAGCCAAUAAGGAAAAGGAUCGUGUGGUGUUUUUGCAGCAGCAGCAAGCUGUGGGAAGCCUAGCCCUCCAAGCCCCUACUCAAGUUCUCUUCCAGCAGUCGCGGUAUCCUCCCCUCGCUCAGCAUUCAAGAGUCCUCUCUCAGUUCCGCUCUCCAAUACAGGAUCUGUGUUCUGCUUACCGAGAUUCCUUGCAAGCUCCUCGGCCUAGUGGCCUUGCCUCAGGGAGUAGUGGUGGUGCAUUGCAUUCAUACUCGAGGCUACAGGCCAGCUUUCAGCCCAUCUUGCAAGCCGUGUCAAUUCAAGGGCCUAUCACUAUGCAGGUAGCCAUUUCCACAGAGCCUAGGCACUGCCUCUCUCUGACCUACGGCAGUAGCUAUUUCAGUGGGCAUCAUUUGUACACAGCAGGCUGUUUCGAUGGGUGACUGCAAAGGAAUCUAGCAAGAGAAAAUCGGUACAUGUUGGAAGCAAAACCUCAAUGGUAGUAAACUAAGUUGCACCUGCCAGAGGGGGAAAGAACAGGAUUCCAUGAUAAAACAGCCUGGCAAGAAUUGAUUGAAACUAGUUUUUGGUUUAAAAGAUGGGCGCCUUUCCUGCAAGAAUUGACUUAAGAGGCAAAACUUUUGAGGGGGGCAGAGAAGAAUGCAAAAUGAUAUACCUCAACAUUCAAAAUGCUACUUUUUCAGUUGUCAAGAGGCGCUGGUGAUCCAAGUGGUGAAGGUGGGGCUACAUAUCUCUUCUCUCCUCCCACUUUAGUAUAGCUCCUUACAAAAGGCUCCAAUUAACUGGACAAUAAUGCAGUGAUUUAAAAAUGUUACUAUGAGUAAGGGAAGCUAGAGCAAUGUCUGGGCAUCAGAUGUUCUUGUAAGAUGACUCACCUGUGAAUGUGUUUACAGUAGAAACUCUUAACACUGGAACUUUUUGUUGACACUAAUAAGACUUGUUCGUUCUUGAUACCUCUCAAGUUGUCUCUACAAGUCUGUGGAAAACUUAAUGAAGAAUGUUCCGUGCCUUGUUUUGACUGAACAUUUCAUAGAUCGAGACAUUAAACUAACACAAAUGUAGAGAAUCAUCAGCCACUUUCGCCUUAAACUCUCUCUUGAAAUUUGGUGAGGCAUUGCUAUACAAAACAUCAUUUUGGGCCUGACGUUCAUAGUAUUUUUCUUAAAAUGCUAUUUUACAUUACCUCAACACUUAAAAUGCUGCUGCCUUAAGCAAUUAAAUAUCAUUUGUUAGAGAAACAUAGUUUACAAGUUAUAUCAGGGAUUAAUGUUUACUUGAAAAUAAUUCAUUGAAGAAAAAUUCCUUAUUUUGAGGGAAUUGCUGCCUUUUAGUGUAAUAUGCUAGAUCUUGCAAUCUGAGUUAGUAAAUCUAUAGGUGGAAAGACAUGUAUGUAAAAGGAGUGUUUUAAAAGAAAAAGAACCACUUUAAGAUUAAGGUAAGGGAGUCUAAAGUAAUGUUGGAAACUGGUCAGACCCAUUGUAAGGUUACAGUCUUUGAACUACUAACUCUCUGGAGUAACCCUAUAGAUGUUGAGGGUGGAUUGCUGUGCAUUACAGCCUAUGAAGACAAUGCAAAGUAACAUAAGGUCACAGCUUUCUUUAAGUCCUGCAGAUGUACUGAUAACUUUGAAUGUCCUGGUCAAAGAGUGAGAGAUUAUUUCUCCUAUAUUACAUCCAAAGGCUGGCUUCUCCUAUACUUCCCGUUCUAAACACAUCAGGUGGAAGUGGGACUGGAACCACACAAUAUGAGAAAAGCAAAGGGUUUCCAAACCUGUGUGUUCCUUGCAAGGUAAACAUGGGACUGGGGGGAAAGGAAGACUAGGCAGGGAGGGUUACUUCCCUCAUCAACCAAUUUCCGCCUAUAAAUGCCUCUCAAGGCCCUUUUUGUGUGUGUGUGUUUGUGGUGUUCCUCAGCUCAGCUGGUCUCCAAAUCAUAGCUGAGAAGUAAAAUGGCCUGGGAGGUGGGGAGGGUGGUUUCAUUUGCACAGGAAAAUUGAUGGAUGUGAGGAGGGAUAAAAGAUCCCUCCCAUCACUGAUUCUCCCAUAAAGAUGCCUGUUCCACCCCACAUUUAUAUUACCUCAAAUGCGGGUUUGAGAACAACUCAUUUGCCAAGAGAGCAUGCGGCACUGCCCCAAGUCCUAUCGAUUCAAUCAAAUUUAGGGCCAAACUAGAUGUAACUUGGUUGUUCUGCCCUGUGUUUUUUGUUAGUCAGUAGCAUCUGCAGAAGGACCAUGGGGUUAGGGUUGCAUUUGCCCCCACUGCAGUAUGAUACAGGGCUGCCAUAGCUGCUAUUUACAGAUGCAACAAGUCCCCAAUGUGCAGAGCCAGAUGACUGAAAUUGAUUCUGGUUUGGCCCUUAGUUCCACUUAAGUGUACUCCAGGAUCAUGGCCUGAACAGUUUGGGUGAGAUUAAGCUUCAUGCUGGAUUAGUGUGGGGGGUCCAGUUGCUUGAAGACUGCUGGAGUGUGAAAUGCUCAUUUGAGAUGCAGCUAUUGUCCUGUAGUCGCUGAAAGCCAGUAUUGUUUGUGUGGAAGGUUCUCAGGACUGCAAUACAAACUAUGUGCAAUAUGCUUUUAUUCUAUCUGCUGUCCAGUGUGUGGUAGCAGGAUGUUGGUCCUUCUGCUUUAAGUUAUACUUGUUUGGUGAAAAUUAAUUUUUAGCGGGGGGGAAGAAUGGGUUUGUUUUUAGGGCGGGGGGAAAUCUUUCCCUCUUCAGAAGAAGCCUGUUUUGGGGACUGAUGGUGUCUCCAAAGUGUAUUGCAGUCUGGACAUGUCAUAAUUUUAAGGUAAUGUUAUCUGUAGCAAAACGAGUAGAAGAGGGUUGUGUGUAUUUGUUAUAAAUUUUAAGGUAUUUUUGUCAAACAAAACAAUAGUGUAGAAUAUGGAGUUUUCUUUUUACACUUCUUUGUAUUUAUAUGCAACUUAAUAUCUACAAGACCUUGUUUAAGCAGACUUUAACCACCUAAUUAUGUAAAAUACCACUGAGGAAGCUCUGGCUGUAGAAUCCAGUAUGCUUGUUUUUAUUAGGCCCUAUAGAGGAAUCUUUCCCCCCUUAUAUGUUGACAUUUUAAAGUCGCAUUUCCAUCUGAAGAGAGGUUAUUCAAUAAAAAAAUGCAAAACAUGAA